AUGAACGUCGCCGCCCUCCUCCAGGACAGCCCCUCGGGCGACGCCGACACACGCCGUCGCGCCCUCUCCGUCUCCUCUGGCCAGGGCCCGACCCUCCCGCCCCUCGCCGCCCCCGCCGACCGCGACAGAGACCCGCGCGAGCGAGACCGAGACCGUGACCCGCGCGACCGCGACCGCGACCGCGACGGCCAGCGCGAGCGGGACAGAGAACGAGAGCGGGAGAGAGACAGAGACAGGGACAGAGACAGAGACAGGACGCCGUCCCAGCAACCGAGGGCGUAUGGCCACCCGCACCUCCCGCCGCCGUCGGCGCUCCUCGCAUCCGCGCCCAACGACGCUGGCCCGGGGCUCGCGCCGCUGGGGGGACCCGGCCAGUUCGCAGCCCACUCCCACUCGCCGCCUGGCGGCGCCGCGUUCCGUGGCCCGCCCAUGUACGGCAUGCUCCCCCCGCCGAUGACGCAGCAUCCGCACCCCCACGCGCACCCACACCCCCACCCGCACCAGCAGCACCCCCACCCUCACCCGCAUCAAGUUCAGCACCAGCACCCGCACGCGCACGCGCACCAGCACCAGCAUCCCCACGCGCACGCGCACCCGCCGUCGUUCGACCCCUCCCGGAUCCCUCUGCACAAGGUCGCGGGGGCACCCCCGCCCUCGAUGUACCACGCACCACCACCCCCGCCUGGGCCGGGUAUCCCCCCGCCGCCGCCGCCCCCGCCGACCGCGCAGGCGCAGGCGCAGGCCGGGCUGUACACGCGCCCGGUGCCGGAGGCGCCGCCCCCGUUCCACGCCGCGCACGGCGCGCCGCGCCACACGCCGAUGCCGCCCAGCGCGCCGAUGCCGUCGGGACAGCAGGGCGGCGGCGUCGUCGACCGCAGCCCGGCGAUGGGCUCGCUCCAGCGCCCGCCGUCCGAGUCCGGGCGCGCGCGCCAGGGGUACGCCGACGGGCCGCCUCCGCACUCGCACCCGCUCUCGCACUCGCAUCCGCCUCACUCGCACCCGCACUCGCAUCCGUUGCCACCGCAGCACCAGCACCAGCACCAGCACCAGCACCAGCACGCUCACCCGCCACCACAAGGGCAGCAGAUGGGCGGCGGACCCCGGGGAGGCCACGUGUCCGACGUCACCGCCGGCAGGGACCACCGCCCGGGGUCCUCGCACGCCGCAUCGGGCGCGUCGACGUCGUCGCUGUCGUCGCACCACCACCCCCAUCCGCCGCCGCCGCACGGCAUGCCGCCGCACGCGCUCGCGGGCGGGGUGAACGUGUACGCGCCCGGCGCGGGCGGCGCGAUGAGCGAGCGCGAGCGGGAGUUUGUGGAGAUGGAGAGGGAGCGUGAGCGGGCGAGGUGGGAGAGGGAGCAGCAUCAGUAUCAGCAGCAGCAGCAUCAUCAUCAACAGCAGCAGCAGGCGCAGAGUCAGCAGCAGCAGCAGAUGGAGCGAGAGCACGCGGGGAGGGAGAGGGAACGCGAGCGACGCGAGGUGGCGGAGAUGGACCGGCGGGAGAAAGAUCGGAGGCGGAAGGAGAAGCGCGAGCGCGAGCGCAUCGCGCAGCAGCAGCAGCAGCAGCAACAACAACAACAACACAGUGCGGAAGCGGGGAUGGGCGGUGUGCAGCCGCACCCGCGCGAGCGCGCGAAGGAGAGGGAGCGCGAGAUGAGGGAGAGCAUGGGGAUCGGGAUGGACGCGGGGUUGCCGCCGAUGUUCCCCGGCCACCCGUCGUCGUCUGCCGCGGCGGUCAGGGAGAAGGAGCGCGAGCAGAGGGAGAGGGAGCGCGAACAGAGGGAGAGGCAUAUGCAUGCGGUGUCCGGACACGCGCAUCGGAACAGCAUGGAGUAUAACAAUAAACCGCCGUAUGGGCCCGAGGCGAAGCAGGCGCCCAACGGCGUCGAGCCUUCACCGCCCGGCGCGCACGCGCACGCGCGUCCGCACCCGCACCCGCACCCGCAUCCGUACCCCCACCCGCACCCGGUCCACUCGCGCCCGCCGUCGCACCGGACGCGCGCGCGAUCGCCGGAGGGCGGCGGCGCGUACCCGCCCCCCGCGCACGGGCACGCGCACCACCCCCAACAGAUCCAGCUCGGCCUCGGCGGCGGCGGCUUGUUCCCGCCGAACGGGUACGCGCCGGGUCCGCCGCCGGUGCCGGUGCCGUUGCCGCCGCCGAUCGUGGUGCACCUGGGUACGUACGUGUGGCCGCGGACGCCGUUCCCGUAUUUCUUCCCUGUGCCGCCGAAGGAGAAGGAGGCGGAGAAGGAGAAGGAGAAGGAGAAGGAGAAGGAGAAGGAGAAGGAGAAGGGACGGGCGAAUGGGAAGGAGAACAAGGGCGAGAGGGAGAGGGAGAGGAGGGAGAGGGAGAGAGAAGUGAAGGAGAAUCAGAGGGAGAGGGAGAGGGAGGUGCAGAGGGAGGUGCAGAGGACGGAGACGCGGGCGACGGUCGUGAUUCCGUCCGGGCUGUUGCCGCCGCCUGGGACGAAGCGGGGACUGGCGGCGGAGCGCGUUGUUGGGCCGAAGGGGCACGGGUUGGGUAGGAUAUGGGGCGGUGGGCUCGCGAGCGGGGAUGGAGACCCGGUCGUGGGCAGCGGUCCGAGGCGCGAGGACGCGCAGAUGCAGGGGGAGAGGAGGGUGUAUACGGACGACAGCGAUCUGCUGCUGUGCGCGGUCCAUUGCGGGCUCGCGAGUUGGGGGGAGGUGGCGAAGGCGAAGGCGAGGGGGGAGGACGUGAGGGUGGAGGUGAAGAUCGUGAGGGGGUGGGGGAGGUACGUGGGUGGGUGGGGGGCGGCGUUCGUGGGGAGGAAGAAGAGGAGAGCGAGGAGGGGGGAGGAGGAAGCGGCUGCGGAGGAGGAUGGGAGGAGGAUGCUGAGCUCUGGGUGGGGGAGCGGGCACGAUGGCAGUGGGAUCGAGGUUAUCAAGGUGGAGUACGUCAAGGGUGCGGUGAAGUCGCUUGGGUUGAAGACCCGGCCGCAGCGGAUGCUUGAGUACGCGCAGAGGCGGGCGCAGAUGUUCGGAGGCGCGGUGUUGGACGAGGAUGAAGGACAUCUGGGGAAGCGCAAGCGGAGUACUGGGCGGGAGAGGAGUCCGACGCCGCCGCCCACCUCGGAAAAACUGGCGGAGAGGGCGCGGAAGAGGCAGAGGAGAUUGCCUAACGCCGCGGUGCUUGAGCCAUUAGGCGAGGAAGACGAACGCAUGGAGGAAGGGGAGGGCUGGGAAGAGAGCUGUAACCGGAGAGGCAUCGUCUGGGGCGGUGCGAAGGUUGGGUCGGCGCCUAGGUUCGUCUAUAAUCCCGACGCGCUCAAAAACGCCAUGUUCCCGCCUGUGCGACUGCAGGCGAAUGGCGAAGAGGUCGCAGUGGACGAGAGCAGGGCGCCGCCGCCGCCUUCGCCUUCACCGAUUGUGCUCGAGACGGAGUCCGAGCGGUUCGUGGUGCGGCCGAGCGGGCCGCGCAGGUGGACGAUCGAGGUCGAGGAAGACGCGCUUGCCGUUCAGGACGCGCCAAAGCCGACGACGCCUCCUGAUUCUGAGGCGAAGGCGAAGGCGACCGAGGAGUCGGCGCCUGCGACAGCGGAGGAGACGCCCGCCGAACCCGGCGCAGCGGGACGAUCGGAGGCGGACGCUCCCCAUGCCGGUCCGUCGUCUGAGUCGGGUCUGGGCCCUGGCGUCCGUGUGGGGAAGAUACCGGGCGACGACGUCAUGGCGGUCGACGACGAUAAGGCCGGUGCGAUGACGCAAGCUGAGUCAGAGGCAGAGAAGAAGGACGAGAAGCCGGGAGCGAAACAGGAGGUCGUGGACGAUAGCGGGAGGCGCGUGCUCGUCGAGGAGGUCGGGGAGGACCGCGUGAGGUUUUUGUCUGAGGGCGUCGCGAUUGCGUUGGCCGAUGGGACCGGGCGGGGGUGUUUGAUCGAGGUGCGGACGUGGACGUUUGCUUGAACGGUAUCUAUCCGCUAUAGGGUCUUAAGAGAAUGAGGUUCAUGCAUGCAGAUUUAUGUAUUUUCUAUUCCAUGGCUACGUUGCGCUGUGAUUCAUGGACGACCUGAUUUACUGUAAUCGCAUCCCUGCCGUACGAUUUCCG